GCAAAAAAAAUGGAAUGUCAAAGAAUUGAGGAGAUUAAGCAAGCAAAUGGGGAGAAUAGAUUAUCCAUCGCCUCUGUUUACUCGUAAUAGCGUUAAUCUUGCCGAUUCAGUAACCUCCGAGAAUCCCUAAUUCAUCAGUGAUCAUGCUGGGCCUGGUGGAUUAUGUUAAAAAGCUAUGGCCUUUCACCACUCUAUUUUUCCACAACGACUUGAGGGAAUCGGAUAGGAUUGUCAGCAAAUUAUCGAUUCCCGAAAGCACGAAGCAUUUCGUCUACGCGAUUCGCGAAUCGCAGUCCGUGAUAUACGUGCUAGCCGUCCAGAAUCUGUCGGAGAGGUCGGCUGCUGAUGCCGAGUGUUUGAUCAGGGAGAUUAAGCCCGAUGCAGUUGUUGUGCAAUUGAGUGAAUCGGAUAUGGAUGGAUUGAAGGAAACUAGGGUUGGAUUGAUUAGUGAUGGUGAUACUGUUCCCACCUCUGUGUUUGAGGUUUUGAUGAAUUGCUUUAUGCACAAGGCUAAUAAGGAGAAGUAUGAGGAUGUUGCAGGGAGUUUGGUGUUGAGGGAGAUUUUCGGGGUGAGUUUCAAUGGACACCUUGUUGCAGCCAAGAAUGCUGCUGAGGAAGUAGGCUCUUCCUUCUUGAUGCUUGACUCGCCUUUCGUGAAAUGCAACUUUGAUGGCAGUGUUGAGGGCGAGUCGGAAGGGGAAGAUUCAGGAAAAGGUGGCUUACAUGGUUUGUUCGGUUUGCAGAUGAGUAGUUUGGUUUCCAAGAGUGUAGGGAGUUCGAUUGUGUCUCUGAACUCAAGGGCCUUCCGUGCCUUAGAUGAAGUCCAGUCUCGGAUGGUGAAGUCUUUGUCGUCCAUCUUACUUCCUGCGAGCCCACCUAUGAAGUUGGUGGGUGGUGAGGAGGUUCGUGCGCUGGCUGAUUAUGAGGUGCCACAGUUUGCAAGAUCUGUGUACGCUCUGCUUGUUGAUUUGCAUGACAUCUUUGUGGAUAUACCGUCUAUGGGGACGGCUUUGGCCUGUGCACAGAAGAUGCUGUGUGAUGUCAACAAGGGGGGAACUGUUGACAAUAGGGUCCUUUCUGAGGUUUAUGCAUUCCCCAUCGCGGUUGAGGGGCUGCGGAUUGCUCUGAGCAAUGCAGGUCGGGUGGUUAGGAAGCCUGCCAUGGCUAAGUGUGAGUUUUCUGACCUCCCCAUGGAUGAUCAAGCUCACUCCAUUGUUGCACAGGCUCUUCGAAGCCAGGCAAAUAAGUACAAAUCUAUAGUUGCAGUUGUUGAUGCUAGUGGAUUAGCCGGGCUUAGGAGGAACUGGAAGACUGAGGUCCCUUUGGAGGUUAAACAUAUGGUUGAUCAGCUUGUCAUCAAUCUUGAUGAUGAUUCCACGCAAGGGAACAGAAAAUGGAAGCUAGCGGAUAAGCCCAUGGUGGCGGUAGGAGCUGGUGCAACAGCGGUUCUUGGAGCCUCCUCCUUCUCCAAGGUUGUUCCAGUAUCGACUUUGAUGAAAGUUGCAACUCUUAACGUCCCGGCCUCUCUGCAAAUUUUGUUGGCGCAGACGCACAAGGCUGUUCUUUUGGCUCUUGGGAAGGGUCUUGGUCCGACAAAGCUGGUGGCUCCUGGGAUGGCGAGUUCCACGCUGAAAGGCACGACUUUUAAGGCUGUGGUGUCGGCUGAGAAGAUACGUGCUGUAACUCACGGUGUGAUAGCUUCUGCUGAGAAAACAAGCCUCACAGCGAUGAGAUCAGCGUUCUACGAAAUAAUGAGGAAGCGCCAAGUGCGGAGAGUUGGAGUGGCGCCAUGGGCGACCUUCGGGUGUAGCAUUGCAACCUGCGCAGGGUUACUCGCGUGUGGAGAUGGGAUCGAGUGUGCUGCUGAAUCGAUCCCUUCUGCUCCUUCGAUUGCGAGCUUGGGCCGCGGAAUCCAAAACUUGCACCAGGCGUCUGAAGUUGUGAGGCUUGCUGAGAGUUCAAGAGUAGAGAGAUCAAUAGAAUCACUGCUGCAUAAGUUUAAGAAUUUGAAAAUAAAGAUUCAGUAGAUAGCAAUUGAUAUACCCAUUUAGAUGACUCCCAUUCUAUAACAAGUCCAAUUACUUUGUAAAUUACUACAUCAAGGAUUGCGUUGCACUCAAAUCAUUAAUAUCAACCGAAACUUGUGUCCAAA